AGUCAACAUACUUCAUGAUUUCAAGUUUGUUUAUGACUUUUAAAUAUCUUAGAAUAACCAUUUUAUUGUGCGAUUCAGUUAUAGACGAUGUUAAAAACUUUAAAAUCUCAUUUUUUUAAAAAAAAUACUAUUGGAAUGAAUAAACUUUGCUUAUGGCAAUGGGUUGAUGAUACAUUUAACCGUUUGGAUGAAGAUCGUAUCAAGGAAAUUGGCCCUAACUUGGCAUGUGCUGAGUGGCUUAUGAAAAAUGGUGCACAAGUCAGAUGGAAAGGUUGUAAAGAAUUUGUCAGCCAUUACAAUUGCUUACCUAAUAUAACAUCGUGUAACCUCGGACAAUUUCUAAUUGAACAAGUUUAUGCUGGAAAAGAAGCCUCAAUUUCACAUAUAGGAUUUAGUUAUUUUGAAAACUGUAAAAAUAUUUCUAAAGUUGAAUUAGUUGGAUGCCACACAAUUGAUAAUGAAGCAUUAAAUAAACUUAAUAUCUUAAAAGAUUGUUUGACAAAUUUGAAAAUUAAUGGAUGUAUAAAUGUUUCUGACCAAGGAAUAAUGUCAUUGGAACAACUUCAGGCAUUAAAAUAUUUGGAAUUAAAAAAUUUACAGUUUUUAAUUGAACCAGAAGCAGUAAUUGAUCAUCUAAAAACAAAACUGCCAGAAUGUAAUAUACAAUAUUAUGAUGAAUGAUGAUAAAAAGAUAAAAUAUUAUAAAUACUAUUAUAAUAUAGGUAGCAGAUACAAAGAAACUAUUUAGUAUUUUCACUUAAUUAUCAUGUAUGACUAAUUUUUACUGUAAAAUA